ACCUCUCACGGGAUCUUUACGAGAGUUGGACUGGUGGGUCGUGAUUUAUAUGUGACAUCCCGUCUCCCAUACCCCCGGGCUUGUCUUCCUACCUGAUCGCCGUGAAGAGUCGUCACUUACUCCCCGACUUGGAAUAAAGUCAGACUGUCCCCGGAACCAGGGACACCUGUGGGAUAAUCUUUGUGGAACAGACCAGCAAGAUGGGUGUGUGGCAAGGUUUCCUAACGCUCCUUGUCCCCCUAGUUUUCGGGGCCCUUCCCCCUCCUCCUGCUCUUCCAGGCCUGGGCCCUCUGCCGGACUCCCCGCCCCCACUGAUCCCUAUCGACCACCAGCGAUGUGUGGCUUUGAAGAAGGAGACCAGCCUCGUGAAGGUCCCCGUGCCCUAUUUCUGCCACCCCCGGGACAUGACAGGAAUCCCUCUCCCAAAAGUGGUCAGCCCUGACAUCACUCUGAUGAUCAUGAGGCUGCAAUGGAGCGGCUACAGGAUGUGCACCCGUCAGAUAGCGCUGCCCACCCACAGAUACGUCCCCGUGCCGGUGUGCUGCCCAGGUUGGAGGAGAAGUCCCUCAGGGAAGUGCGAUAUACCCACCAGCGUGCCUCCCCCCAUCCCAGCGCGGUCCAUGCCUCAAUGGCGGAUUCCCAAGGAAAGGCAAACAUUGCUGCAUCUGCCCGCCGGGUUUCUCUGGGGCCUUCUGCCAGAACAAGUCUCCCGUAGCAGCCCGGAGUCCGCUGACAAGGAUGGCCCGCCCAGUGGUCCUACCCCCGAUGGGGAGGCACCCAGGAGCUGCCCUUCCCCGUGGCAGACCAGACCUUCAGCUUGGUCGACUUAUCAGGGAACUAGCCAGACUCUCGCCAUCGGGUAGAGGUCCACUUCCGAUUAAUCCAACUCUGGUCAGACUCCUGAUGGACCGAACGAACAGCAGGACACGGAAAACCAUGAAUAAUGUUAGGAUGGGGCUGUCACCUCGCCCCACUGUAAACACCGCCUAUAUCAACCAGGUCCCCCCGGGCACCAGCGUCACCCGCCAAGCCAGUGGUCAAUACAGCCUAUAUCAACAAGGUUCCCCAGAACCCUAACCCUUAUGCCCGGCCUACCGUCAACACCGCCUAUAUAAACCAAGUCCCUAAAAGAAGUAAUGUGCCAAA